AUGUCUUUCUUAGGCUUCGGUGGUGGUCAACCUCAAUUAUCAUCUCAGCAAAAGAUUCAGGCUGCAGAAGCUGAACUGGAUUUAGUCACUGAUAUGUUCAAUAAGCUGGUCAAUAACUGCUAUAAAAAAUGUAUCAAUACUUCUUAUUCCGAAGGCGAAUUAAAUAAGAAUGAAUCUACAUGCCUAGAUAGAUGCGUGGCCAAAUAUUUUGAAACCAAUGUUCAAGUUGGUGAAAAUAUGCAAAAAAUGGGCCAAUCAUUCAACGCAGCAGGUAAGUUCUAA